GGCAGUGCAGUGGGUGGGUCUGUAUCACUUUUACCACUUGUUUCAGGAAGUAGACGUGUUUGAAGUCUUGACGUGACUUGUUUUCAAGCGUAAUUCGAGUGUGGUAGAAUCACAUUGAUGGUAAAGUUGCUGUGCUGGCUGCCAUGGCGGAUUCUUUGGACCGGUCCACGAAGAUUAACUUGUUGAAGGAGCCAGUCGUGAAGAGGAUCUGCGAGGUGCUGGACAAGUCCAGCAGUAAAGGAUGGCGAAAACUUGGAGAGAUUGUCGGAAAUGACAGGCGGUUUAAAGUCAGCCCAGACGACAUGGAGAUGUGCUCUCUGAAAGUGCUGGAGCUGGAGGGCAGCCCGAGCCGCAUGCUGCUGAGGCUGAUGGCAGAGCGAGGCUGCACCACAGGUCACCUGGUGGACUACCUCCAAGCUCUGGGCAACUCAGAGGCCCUGCAGUGCCUGAAACCAUCAGCCCUGCAGAUCCUCCUUCAGCCCCAGUCUGUGGCAUUGCUGUGUGGCCACAAUCUGCGCCUCAGCUGCCACGCUAUGGGCAAAUCCCCGGUCCAUUACCAAUGGUUCAAGGCUAAGGAAGAGGUGCCAAACAGCUCCUCUCCAGACCUGGUGAUUAGCCCAGUCCAACUGAAGGACGCUGGCUUUUACAUCUGCAGGGUGCACAGUGGAGAUGCCUUUGAAUUUAGCCACUGGGCUCAGGUUGACGUCCUGAAUAUCGGCAUGUCUUAUGGACAAAGCUAUCACUCCUUAGAUGGUCGGCUAAAGUUGGUGAUUCAGCCUCAGACCCAACGCCUUCAUGUCGGGGAAACCCUACAGCUGGAGUGUGGAGCCACAGGGCGGCCGAUCCCUCGAUACCAGUGGCACAGAAAUGGAGUCCCAAUUUCUAACGCCACAAAGAGGAAACUCAUGAUCCCUCAUGCAAUGCAGGAUCAUGGCGGCAAGUAUCGCUGUGAGAUCAGCAGUAGCACGGAGAGAAUGUGGACCAAUGAAGUAAAUGUUGUGAUAGCACCAAGGAUAUCAGUCCAGCUUUCUGGAGCAAUGGAGUGCUCUGAAGAUGACCUUUAUGCCAUUGGAGGAGGUUCCAGUGAUUUUUUCCUAAAUAGCAUCCCAGAACAACUUUAUGCAACUGACAAAGUGGCCCUGCUUAUCGGCAAUCUGUCCUACCAGAACCACCCACAGCUCAAAGCUCCCAUGGUGGACGUGUACGACCUCACCAACCUCUUGCGACAGCUAAACUUCAAGGUGGUUUCGCUGCUGGACCUCACAGAGUCAGAGAUGAGAAACGCUGUUGAUGAGUUCCUGCUGCUGCUUCACAAGGGAGUCUAUGGUCUGCUGUACUACGCCGGUCAUGGAUAUGAGAAUUAUGGAAAUAGUUUCAUGGUGCCAGUAGACGCACCAAACCCAUACCGCUCAGCCAACUGUUUAUGUGUGCAGAGCAUCCUUAAACUGAUGCAGGAGAAGGAGACAGGUCUGAAUGUGUUUCUGCUGGACAUGUGUAGGAAGAGAAAUAUUCAUGACGACAGCACUCCAAACAUUGUCCUGAGAGUUACAGCCAACAUUGUCUUUGGAUAUGCUACGUGUCAGGAUGCUGAGGCCUUUGAGCUGAGCUCUAGUGGCUUCACCAAUGGCGUGUUUGUCAAGUUUUUGAAGAAGCGGCUGCUAGACGAUGAGAAGAUUACCACAGUACUAGACAGAGUUGCUGAGGACAUGGGGCAGUUUGAUGCUACAAAGGGCAAACAGGCUCUGGAGAUCCGCAGCAGUCUGUCAGAGAGGAGAGCGCUGACCGAUCCUAUUCUGCCCGGAGACAGCGCCGACCUAGCUCACGCUCACAGCCGCCAGUGGGCAAAAGCUCAUGAGCUUCCGGAGAGCAUGUGUCUGGACUUUGACUGCGGGGCUCAGAUCAAGUUGGGCUUUGCUGCAGAGUUCUCCAAUGUGCUCGUCAUUUACACGCACAUCAUAAAGAAGCCAGACGACAUGUCGUUCUGCCAAGCUCACGUCACUGAUUUCUCUCAGGAUCUUGAUGUGGAUCCUAAAGAGAUGAACAGAGAGACUCCAGAGGAGACAGGAAUCUACCUGUUGUCCAGCAGCCUGCCGCAGCACUGUCUCUACACCAGACUCAGUUCACUGCAGAAACUCAGGGAGGAGCUGGUCUUCACCGUGUGCCUUCAGGGCGCCUUCACAGCCAUGGAUGAUGAUCAUCCCAUCCACUGGAAAAAGAGCGUCGACAUUGGCAAGCCGCUGAUCGCGCGUCUGGACCUCCACCGGGCCAUGAGGAGAAACAGCUGCCUGCAGACGUGCAUGAUGCCCCACAGCCCGUCCCACAGCCCCUGUCACAGUCCCGGGCCGGAGCACCACCUCCACCUCCACCUUCAUGGGUCACACCAGGCCCAGGACUACAACCGUCUCUCCCCUCAGCACCGCUACCUAGACAUCUCUGAGCAUCUUCAGGGUGCCGUCGGAGGUUGUGUAGAUUCGUACUAUGACAAUCUCAGCCAGUGCCCCUAUGAGCCCACGUAUGACUCUGGCGGGCUUUCGAGUUCACCAGGCAGGUUCAGCAUCCCGAUAGAGGCCAGUGAGGACAUCACCGAGCUGCAGACUGUGUUCAUUAACAGUCUACAGCUUCAGUCACAGUAAAACAGAAGAGUAGCUCAGCUCAGGCUGUCAGGCUGAUCAACAGACCGCCCCCCCAUCCCUAAAUACACACACACACACACACACACACACACACACACACACACACACACACACACCCCCCCCCCCGACAGUUUAAUGCCACUGAUGAGGAUGAAUGUUUAGUUCUUCUCUGUCUACGCAAGUAUUCAGUGAAACAUGACAAAAAUAAUCUUGAAUCUUGAAUCUUGGAAUACUGCUGCUCUUUCUGAUUUUAUUCUCUCAAAUUUUGAAGCAUUAUAUUUGUCAAGGAACUAUAUGCUGACUUUGUGCUUAACAUUUUAUGAAUUUUUUUUAGAGAAAUGGAAAAUGUGCAUUUCAGUAAACUGGCAUAUGGUGAUCACCUUUGUGGAACAGACUGUUCAAUUGUGAUAGUUUGAUGGUGAUGGACAUGUCAGUCUUUGUGUAACAGUAUUUAAAUAGAGCUGGAGGUUUAUUUCCAUUAUAGGCCAGGAGUGUGCAAAGUAUGGGGCAUCUCAGUGCAGAAGAAGAGUCUUCAACGAGGUGGAUUGAAACUUUGGUCACAGACUGAGAUUCACUGUAAAUUAGUCAAUGCGUACUCAGUAUUUUACUUUAGAUGGCCAGGAACAGUACAGUACUUUGGUCCUGCAGUUCCUAAUAUGAGGGUCGGGACCCCUUAACGGUCACAUGAUAAAUUUAAGAGGUCAUCAGUUUUUCAUAGUAAGCAUUGUUCUCUGAUCUAUUUUUUAUUUUUAAUAUAAUUUCCUUGAGCUUCAAAGACUUGUUUAUAUUGAACCAUUUGAAACAUGGAACAUUCAAGUAGACUUUAAAAGAUUACACACACACACACACCUAUUUUGGAGGGGAAGCAGUCACAAGAAAGAUUAACCAUGCCAUUUAUGUCUUCAUUUAAAAUAAACCUGUGUACCAAUUACUACCUAUGCACUGUGUAACUGUCAGAUAAAUGUAGCAGUGUAAGACAUUAUUUUAUUCUGAAUGCUGCAAAUGUUAUAUAGCACCAACUGAAAAUACUUAAUGUACAAGUACCUCAAAAAUAUACUUUUAUAUAGUAUUUGAGUAAAUGUAUCAUGGAUUAUAUCUCUGACUUAAAAUAUAAUUUCAAAAAACUCUU